AUGGUUGACCAAUGCUCUCGCUCCUUAGCAUGUUGUGAACAAUCUCCUGCUGCCUUUAAAUGCAGUUCCUCUCCUAUUGAUGAGCAGGCUUCACCUUUGAACUUCUCAUCAACGCCCUCCGCUGCCAAAAAUCAAGAAAGCCGCGCUGACGACUGGGAAGAUUCUGAUUCCAAUUUCGAUCCCAAGUCUGAUUCUCACUCAGGCUCCCACUCGUUGCCCUAG